AUGAAAGAUUGUAACAUAAGCUUCUAAAAUAAACCAGCCUUAGUUAUUUCUAGAAUAUACAAAUCAAACAAUCGAUUUCACUUACCAAAAAUAAAUUAAUUUCAAUCAUAAUCUCCAAACAAUAUUUAUUACAAUGAAUAUUUUACUGAAGUAAGAGGAAUUAAAGCUUUGCCAGAUAAACAAAAAUAAAAUUCUGAAAGAAUAUUAAAAUGUAGACUAAAAGAAUUAGAAGGAUAAAAUAAAUAACAAAAAUCUCUUUCAGCUAAAAAUCUGCAUAAUGAGCAUAUUGAGAAGAAAGAGAUCAAUAAUUUAUUACUAGAACCAUAUUUUGUUUAAAACAAUUUGAAAGCUAAAAAAUAUAUAAUAGGAGGAUUUUAGCAUGAUAUGUAUAAACAGUCGUUUGGAUUUUCGACAAAUUCAAAAACUAAUUAAAAAUAAGAGAAAGAAAUCAGAAAGCCUAGGUUUUUUUUUUAAGAACCUUAAACUGAAAAAGUAAAAUAAUCUAAAAUAACUUAAACAGAAAAUGAAUAAUCGAAAAUAGAUUAAGAGUAUAAUUAUUGGAAAAAUGAUGAUUUAAACUAAGAAGAAGAUGAAGAUUUAAUUAAUAACUAUGUUAAUGGAUUACUUUGA